GGCGCCUGCGCGGUGCCUCAGGCGGGCACCGAGAAGAUGGCGGCGGCCAUGCUGGGCUGGGCGCUGCGGGCGGCUCGGCACCUCAGCCCGGUUCUCCCCUCGUCCCGCACAAGUCAGGUGCGGAGCUACUACGUGGACUGGAGAAUGCUGCGGGACGUCAAGAGGCGGAAGCUGGCGUACGAGUACGCGGACGAGAGGCUGCGGAUCAACGCCAUCCGCAAGAACAGCAUCCUGCCCAAAGAGCUGCAGGAAGUGGCUGAUAAAGAGAUUGCCAGCUUGCCCCGGGACAGCUGCCCCGCGAGGAUCCACAACAGGUGUGUCCUGACAUCCCGGCCCCGCGGAGUCAGGCGGCGCUGGAGGCUCAGCAGAAUCGUUUUCCGUCACUUUGCUGACCAUGCUCAGAUGUCUGGGAUACAGAGGGCCAUGUGGUAGGAUCUCCCCAUGGAUAGACAGCAGAGGAUUGAUGCAGACAACACAAAACAGGCUUAGUCUGUGAGUUUGAGAAACUAAAGACUGUCCUGUCCAGGAGUCCAGCAUCAAACUAAAAGGGAGAGGAUCGCAUGCCACGCUGACUGGUCAGAACUGGUCUGUAUGGGAGGAAGUUUUAUCUUGAGGUUAAAAAGAAAAUAAAACACUUAUCUCAUGGUUGCAUAACUAAGCUGAGAUGUGGGCAACAUCAGAAAUAAAGACAUAGAGCACA